AUGGAAGCUAUAGUAGAGAACGCUAUACAGCAAUUUUGUGAAGAAAACAACAUCUUGCUGGAUUUUCAACAUGGCUUCAGGAGAGGACGUUCCUGCCUCUCAAAUCUGCUAGCUUGUCUGGAGAUCUGGACCAGAGCUCUAGAAGAGGGUUUUGAGGUCGAUGUCGUAUACAUCGAUUUCCGCAAGGCUUUUGACACUGUCCCGCACCAACGUCUUCUUCACAAAUUGAGCGCCAUCGGCAUCCGGGGAGAUCUUCUGAACUGGAUUCGGCCGUUUCUGGUUGGUCGGAAACAACGUGUCUGUGUCGGGGAUGAUAUGUCAGAAUGGGUGAAUGUGACCAGUGGUGUGCCUCAAGGCUCAGUUCUGGGACCAUUGCUCUUCAUCCUUCAUGUUAACGACAGCCUUCAGGAACUCGACUGCGGCAAAAUAGUGUUUGCAGACGACGUUAAGCUCUGA